UCGCCACCAUUUUCUUUUCUUGCUGAAGCUCAAGCAGAGUCUUUCAUGGCAAUCCUCUCUCACCAUCGGAGAUACUGAGCCAAAUUUUCAGAUACCCAGAGCUAAAUUUUUGUGUUUUCUCUGACGUUCUUGGUCCAUAUAUUUAUAUGUAUACAUUUUGUCUUCUUCGCCUGGUUUUCUGUCCUUUUCUUUUCUUUUUCCUCGAUAUUUAUAACGGUCAUUCGAAACCGUUUACGGUGCGGUCUUCUUCUUCUUUGAUCACACCACAGAAGCAAUUGUUACCCAAAAUUCAGUGGCUGGUUUUUGUUAGAAGAGCUUAGUUGCCUAUUCUUUCAAACCCAUUCUUGCUUCUUUUAGCAUAAAACCCCACCACAUUAUGCUCUUCAGUCGUCAUUUGAACUAUUAAUUUAGUUUCUUGUACUCGAUCAUAUAUUAGUAAUUUUGAAUUUCGGGUUCUGGGUAUACUGCAAUAACUGCGAUGAGCUUCUUAAGACCUUCUGCGUUGUAUCAUCUCUUCUUUACGUACACUUCGCUGCGAUGGAUGCCGUGCCAGAGUUGGGGGUUUCUCCGAUCGCCUGGUCUUGAUGGGUUUAUGAGACUCUUGGUGGUGUUUCUUCUAUGGUUCAUGCUUUGUGAAAUUCGAUUCAUACCAUCUUCUUCCAUGUGCCCCACUCUUCUCGUUGGUGAUCGCAUCAUUGUUGAAAAGGCUUCAUAUUACAUAAGAAGUCCUGCAUUACACGAAGUUGUGACAUUUUGGAAUCCAACACAGCCACCAGAUGAUGCGGAAAGGACAGUUUUCAUAAAGAGAAUUGUUGCCAAAGCUGGAGACUUUGUUGAGGUCAAUAAUGGAUUGCUCUACGUCAAUGGAAUUGCUCAGCAAGAAGAUUUUAUAGCAGAACCACAUAACUAUGUAUUAGAUUUAACGUGUGUGCCUAAAGGUCAUGUUUAUGUGUUGGGUGACAACCGUAAUAAUAGUUAUGAUUCUCAUUAUUGGGGAUCUCUUCCUGUACGAAACAUCAUCGGAAGAUAUGUAAUGUGUUGCCACAGACCAUCCAACAGUUUACAUGAGAUUUGAAGAUGAGGUACUGCUGAUGCCCACCGGAGGCAUCUUAACUAUAAACUGAAUGCUGUUAAACUUUGCCAUAUAACGGAAGACAGAAGCAAAUCAAAAUAAGCACGAUUUUACACCUCGUAGAUUCUCUAUUGGUUAUCCACAACUUGGUUUAGUAAUUUACAGUAAGCAUUGGAUGCCAUUCUCUUAGUUUGUUUGGCUGCCGUAAGAUUUAAGUGGACUGUAGAAUUUGUCAGACUAAACAUUUUCUAAAACUCUAACAGUUAUGGACUUGUGGUGUUUUACCAGUUUAGUUUAUGCUUCAUUUUUAGCCAACAGUUGUCUCAAGUCAUUUAAUCCAAAAAGUUACCAGACACAAAGACAAUUAUCCUCGAUUGGAAAGGGCCUUGUAUAUGUUCUACAAGGUCGAUUCUGCUCAGUUGAACUAAUACAAUUUUCACAUUGAUUUGAGAUA